UUAACCAGCCGCAAGUAUCCACCGCACCGUUGUUUAAUCAGCCCGUGGAAGGAGUCAGCACCACGAGCACAAAGUACAACCCCUGCCGCCAAGCCGCCUUCCGUCUAUUGAUGGACUACAAGCGAGCGCAGCCGGAGGGGAAGGCGCGGGUCCCACGGCUGGACCGCCGCAACGCCAUGAAGUACGUGCACUCCGAGCCGGCGUCCGGGGAGCCCUGGUCCGCCAGCGACGACGAUGCGUCCGGGGAGCCCUGGUCCGCCAGCGACGACGCGCCCGGCGUCUACAUCGCCCGCUUCCCCCCCGCCUACUCCGCCCAGACCAGCUUCCGCAUCGGCGGAGGCGACGGCGAGGUCGACCUCAUCUGCCGCAACCUCGGCCUCUCCGGCCCCGAGGACUUCGCUAUCCCCGCCUCCACCUGGGAGGCACGCAAAUCCCGCUCCUCCUCCGACCUCCUCCCCCCCUCCCGGCUCCUCCGCUCUGAUCCAAUUGCCGCUGGUGAUUCCAUUCCCAGUACGUCGCCGACUCUCUCGACUGCUGCCGAAGACGAUCGCAGUCUGCCCGAUAAGUUUCGAGUUGGAAUUCACGUCAGAGAAGAUGAAGCUGAAGAGAAUUUGCAGCAUUGUUAUGGAGGUUCUGGAGGAAGAGAUGGAGGAAUUAGAGGCAUCCGCCCACCGGCUAUUGUGCCGCCGCCGCCGGUGAUAUCAGUUCUUGCUCCUCAACCAUCAAGGCUGACUCUCGCCCCCCCGCCGUCAAUGUCCUUUCCUCCUGUUGAUGAGGCGGGCUCGGCUUGGGACAUCGUGAGGUCUUUUGCUCCUGAGGAAGACGGUCGCAUGGGUGCUGAAGCAGGGAGGGGUUCUUUUGACUCUGAGGAGGAUGAGUGGGAAUUGGAUGAAGCCAUUGAAGGGGAUGAGACAAUGGGAGAGACCACUGGAUACCUUACCAGGUCAACAUUGAAUAAUGUAAGUGAUGUAUCCAGCACGGUUGACGAUGCGAUGAUUGCUAUUUCAACCAAAGUGAAGUUCAAGAGGAACAUCAGGGCAUGGAUACGAGGAGAGCGGCUCGGAAGUGGAUCAUUUGGGACUGUGUAUGAGGCUAUCAGUGAUGUUGGAUUUUUCUUUGCUGUCAAAGAAGUAUCCUUGCUUGACCAAGGGAGCAAUGCCAAGCAGUGCAUUUUUCAACUGGAACAGGAGAUUGCGCUCUUAAGUCGUUUUGAACAUGAGAACAUAGUUCAGUAUUUUGGAACAGACAAGGAAGAAGCAAAAUUGUACAUUUUCCUUGAACUUGUUACUCAAGGUUCCUUGGCAUCUUUAUAUCAGAAGUAUCAUCUGAAAGAUUCCCAAGUCUCUGCAUACACUAGGCAAAUUCUGAACGGCUUGAAUUAUCUACAUAAUCGAAAUGUGGUGCACAGAGACAUCAAAUGUGCAAAUAUAUUGGUUGAUGCAAAAGGAUCUGUGAAACUUGCGGAUUUUGGACUGGCAAAGGAGGCAACCAAGUUGAAUGGGUUGAAGUCUAGCAAAGGAAGUGUAUAUUGGAUGGCUCCAGAGGUUGCUAAGGCGAGGCCAUAUGGGUCUUCAGCAGAUAUAUGGAGCCUUGGAUGCACCGUUUUGGAGAUGUUAACAUGCCAACUUCCUUAUCCUGAUUUGGAAUGGACCCAAGCUUUUUUCAGAAUUGGUCGCGGUGAACCACCACCUAUUCCUGGCUCUCUGUCAAAAGAGGCUCGUGAUUUCAUCCACCAAUGUGUACAGCAAAAUCCAGAUGAUCGGCCCUCUGCUGCUCAGCUAUUGAAGCACCCGUUCGUGAGUAGAUUACUUCCAGCAUCUGCUAGCUCUGGUCAACCUUCGGAAAUUAUUGGAAGAGGAAGCUAGACAUCUUUCAUCAAGAAUUAGAAGAAACAAAAAAGUAAAAUGGAGGAUCAUGGAAGGAUAAAGCGCUUCACAGUGCAGCAUGUGCCUUGCUGUUUGACUUGUUAUAGAAGAAAUGCAUGGUGUUCUGUUUGGCACAUGAAGUUAGAUAUGUCCAUGUUCAUCUUGCAGAUUUCAUAUAAUUUUGCUUUCAAAAAUAUAAUUUGAAAGCAUUUCUGAGGUAGGUUUCAGCAGAAUGUCCUCUUAUAUUUCAUGCCUGGAGUGGUGGUUUGCCUGGGUCUCUGUUGUUUUUAUCUGAGCUUCAAAAUAACAUCUCAUGCAGCAACAAGCCAUGUUGGAUUUUGCCUUCAGCAGCACCACAUUUCAUUUUUGUUGCGAAGUGUUGGUAAAAGCUAUUUGUGCUGAAUUGAGGCAAAAGCUCCCUCUAUUUAGUUGCUUACUGAAAAGUGUUCCGCGCAAAGAUCACUUCAGUGAGAUGAAUGUAUGUAUAUGUGUAGCUUUACUUCUGCACAAUCAGCAUAUAGACGUUCUUAUGAUUAAGAUGGAGAUGCAGAGUCCUGCUCAGCCAUGCUGAGGAGGAUAGAGAAGUUUCAUUACUGCCUUGUUAGACUGAACUGGUGAACGGUGAGCAGACUGUUGUUAUCAAUGGUGUAAAUGAUACCUGCCUAAUUGGGCUGCAUUUAGAAUGUGACUUAUAUAUGAAAAGUCAUGGUUCUAGCUA